CGCUGGGCAGCGGCUGCCCAGGGAGUUUGAAUAUGUCCGGGAUCGCUCUCAGCAGACUGGCCCAGGAGAGAAAGGAGUGGAGGAAAGACCACCUAUUUGGCUUUGUGGCUGUCCCAACCAAGCAUCCCGACGGCACAAUGAACCUGAUGAACUGGGAGUGCACCAUCCCAGGGAAGGAGACUCCAUGGGAAGGAGGCUUGUUCAAACUGUGGAUGCUUUUCAAGGAUGAUUACCCAUCUUCCCCACCAAAAUGUAAAUUUGAGCCACUGCUGUUCCAUCCAAAUGUGUACCCCUCUGGUACAGUGUGCCUGUUAAUCCUGGAGGAAGACAAGGACUGGAGGCCUGCCAUCACGAUCAAGCAGAUCUUAUUAAGAAUACAGGAACUUCUAAAUGAACCAAAUAUCCAAGACCCAGCUCAAGCAGAAGCCUACACAAUUUGCUGCCAAAACAGAGUGGAGUAUGAGGAAAGGGUUCCGGCACAAGCCAAGAAGUUUGCAAGCAGCGCCUGUGGCACGGUCGCUGUCCAAAGUGUAAACGGGCUAUCUUUGUGGUCGCUGCUGCUAUUACCAGGACCUUGA